AUGGAAGAAUCUCUGCAACCCAUUUCGUCUUCUUAUUCUUCUUUGCUCUCAAAGCAAGAAAUAUCUGGCACAUCGGGCAAAGAAUCCCUCAAAAUCUUUCCAGACGAACUCAUAAUCGAGAUCCUCACUUGGCUUCCUGCCAAAACCCUGGUAAAAUUCCGCUGCGUCUCCAAAUCCUGGAGAGCUCUGAUUUCAACUCCGAAUUUUAUCAAAGCCCACCUCGGUAAUUCUUCCAAAAGGGAUGAUUAUGCUCACCACCGGGUCCUUUUUCGGUGUAAGAAGCGAUUUGGUAAAAUCUCGGUGCUCCAAAACGACACUAGGUAUUUUGCUCUUGCCCCUGCCAUGUUUGGUGAUGUCAAUACUCCUGUUGAGUCAACCCCAGUGGAGGAUCCUGUUAUGAAUAGCAGCGAGGCUAUUAUUGUGGGUGCUUCAAAUGGUAUUGUUUGUGUUUGCGUGAAAGGGGAUAUUUUCUUCUGGGACCCUACGAUUAGGAAGUUUAAGGAAUUGCCUUAUUUUCUUGUUUCAUCGAAGCAGAAUUGGGGGCACCGCCAAGCUUGCUUUGAUGGAAAGACCAACUCUUGGAGGAAGAGUCAAGGCAUUGUCGGUGGAUUAGAUCAAUUGGCUUUUCUCGUGCGUGGGAAGCUGUAUUGGAAAGAAGGCACUGGUAGAAAGGCAGAGAUUUGUUACUUUGACUUGAAGACUGAAACCUACGGAGUGCUGCAACAACCUGAUUAUGGUUCCCCUUUUUAUUUGGGGCUUGGAACUUUUGAGGAUAGUCUUUCUGUCAUCUGUUAUCAUCCUAGAAGUCAUAUCGAUCUGUGGAUCAUAAAGGAAGAGAGGUUGAGGCGAUUUUGGACCAAAGUGCUAUUAGUCCCUACGUUGAAGGAUCCCAGCUGUAAGAAGUCUUGCCUCCCGGUUUUCAUGUCCAAGGAUGGGAAAAUUCUCUUUGCGUUCUGGAAGUUCUUGGCUCUGUCUGGCCCGAUGAAGAAAUCUGUGACAUACCCUAGUGUAAAAUCCAUGGGAGAAGCUUACCAACUUGAGGUGCUUGUUGAGAGUUUGGUUUUGAUUAAUGAUCAUGAUGCCAAAGAGCCGGUGAAGGAUACUGAUGUAUCUGUUAUCGACAUGAUGCGGCACCUUGGUCCCCAUUUCCAUCUAGUAUAG